AUGGGACCAGAAACAACAUUGAAAGUCUGUGGAGAAGAGUUUGAAGCUGUGCUGCCAAAAAUGACAAAAAAGUUGGGAGGUGAAGGUCGAAUAAAAGAGUCAUGCAAUGGCUUCAAUUUGUUGAUGGAUAAAGACAAAGGUUUAAAAGAAAGCGAUUAUGAUGGUGAUGGUGAUGGCGCCUUCAAUCCAAUGGAGUUUUGUGUGUUGAUGUUCAGAUUAAGUCCAGAGUUGAUGAUGGAAUCCGAGGCUUUACUUGAUCAUGCUUUGCAACAAGAAUUUGACUCCAACAUUAAAAUUUUUGACACCGAAUGA